AUGCCGGCCAAGGAAGAAGAAGCCCGAAUAAAGGAAUCCGAAAGGGACUCUUCUAGCCGUAAUAAGGGAGCAAGCCCAACGACGCAAGACUCUCGCAGCACCGAAUUAGAGCCAGAAGAAAGAGGAGGAGGAACAGGCCGGAGAAAGAGGCAGAUGAAGCUACCGGCGCCGGGGACGAAUGCAUUAGCGACCUCGGCCUUUGCGACCUACGUUCUGUCGACGAUCAUCUUCACGAUCUAUCUACUCCACGGCUUGCUUCCCUCGAAGACGGUGGAAGAAGUCUUGGGGCUCAGUUACUUCCCCGCCCAAGUCUGGACAACCAUCCUUCCCGGAUGGCUCACAAUCGCCAUCUGGUACCUCUUCCUCGCCUACUUCGCCCUCAAUCUCUCCCGCACUCCCGCCCUCGAUGGGCCCGACGGUCUGGCCGCUAUCACCGACCGGGCCGCACUCGCACUCCUGACUCCCCCCUCUACCCGCACCCCUCCUCCGCCCCGUUCCUCUCCUCAUCCCACUCCCCAUCCGAGCGCUGAUUCUUCUGAUCUGCCCGUUCCUAUCUUACGCGACUUACCUUGUCAAGUCGUCAACCAAUUCUACUUUAAUUGA